AUGCCGGAUCCAAACGGAUCGGCCGGCUAUCUGUUGCCGUCAUCCACAAGCUAUCAUGCUCAGGGACGACGGUCAACAAGUAUGGCCGGCUAUACAUCUUACCAAGCCGCGCAAGGAAGUUCGAAAGAUCUCAAUCUAUCCGAAGCGGAGGACCUCCAGAUCACAGUCGAACCGGCCCAGUCGGCCUACUUUGCUGGAGAGCUCUUCCAAUGUCGUAUCAGUCUGUGCAAUCUGCAAGCGCCGGUCGAACAUACCCCAGGAAGCAACGGGCUGAAAGGCAAAGCGAGAGCACCAGUGCGGCCAGCUCGCUUGCGGUCCGUCUCGUCCAACAGCGUCAAGCUCGGGCAUGCUCCCAGGCCUUCUCUCGGUACAGCGUUGUCCACCACGUCCAUCAAGUCCGAGCGCAGCUUGCGAAGUGCGCCAAUCAAGCAAGACGUGAGCACGUCACCUCACAGGCGGCAUCUCGUUGGGCACUCGCUCCGGUACGGUGACAAUGGGCCGCAAGAAGAGCUUUCGUCUGAUUCGGGGCCCGAGGAGGAAGCACGAGGGCCGAGCAAUGGGCUUUAUGCGAACCGCCGCAUGCCAGGUGGACACCGCAAGAAUAUGUACAGUAUCAAUCCGGCCCUGGACGAUCUAGGCACGCAACAGAUAGCGCAGUCGUAUGCUGGUCAGACUCGCGCAGCUGCCGUGAAGCGCUCAGCGAGGUCACAGCAAGCAGGCGUAUCCACACCGCGCAAGGGACAGCGCAUACCAGCAAUACCCGUGCCCAUAGAAGAGGACGAUCCCGAGCAGACGCCCAAACCAAAAGUCAGACCAUCAAUGGAGCGCUUCAAGUCUCAAUCGCCAAGCGACAGCAUAAAGGGCGGCUCCUCACGUUCGACGAGCACUUUGGGCACACUGUCUCGAGAUGAUCAGACGGAUGCAAUGGCUGGCUCGGUAAGCGACAAUGACGGCGACGAAGAGUCUGUCUCUAGCUUUGCAAACCACCGGCCUUCCGUCUCGUCGUUCAGCUCGUUCGAUCGAGGCGCACGGGUGCGAUCUGCGCCGCCGUGGCUGAACCAGUUCAGGGCCCCGAACGGCCUCACAAUUCAAUGGGCGUCUGCUCAAUUUGAUGGUCGGUUUGAGAUUGACGAGGCACUCGUCAAGCCGGCAGAGUUUCUUGCCGUCAAGCGAUCGAUCUUUGGGGGUGAUUCACAGCUGAACGGCAUCAUGAACAAAUCUGGCCUGAUAGGUGGCGGCAGUCUGUCCUAUGCCGAGCCAACGGGCUCCACAUGGACCAGAUGGCUGUGGAGCCAGGAUACUGCGAGUUCUGUGGUAGCUUCGCCGACGACGCCGAGCUCGGGCACGCUCGAAGAUCGGCGGCAGCGUGGUAUGUCUGACAAAUCUGUGCCUGUCUUCAAUACACCGCCGAGUUUGCUUUCUAUCGAUCAGCAUCUAGAGCCAGGGGAGACCAAGUCGUAUUCUUUCUCGUUGAGAUUGCCCGGCGAUUUGCCGCCGACGUUCACCGGUAAGACGAUCAAGUUUGUAUAUGAGCUUCUUGUCAGUGUUCAAAAGCAAGUCCCGGAUGCGCCUGGCCUGUCGAAGCCAGUCUACUGCGCAUUUCGCGUUCCCAUCAGGCUAUACAAUCAUGUCGACCUUGUCGGCGCGAGGCCGUUCUACGAUCUGACUAAUCCUGUCAUCUGGCACCGUGACGAAUGCGAUGUUAAGCUUGAGCAGCCCACUGUACCUUUUGCGCCGACUGCGCAAGAUCAUUACUCGAGCGCGGCACAGCGAAAUGCUGUUGACCGAUAUGCAGCUAGUCUUGUUAAUGCCGCUUUGCGAGAGCCGAUCGAGGCAAAGGUAGACGACGAUGAACAGGCAGAGCUUAGUAGGGAGCUCGCCAAGACUGCGCUGCGGGAGCCGGCUGCCCGCUCGGAGACAAAAGAGCGCACGACCGGCUCGAACUCGACGAGCAUGGCCGAUGAGCUGACCAGCUGCCGCAACGCUGUAGACUUUGUGUCGCGCAACUCCCCAAAAGUGUCAUAUGAAAUCAAGAAAGAUGGUUACGCGGUGGCACAUCUGACGCUGGUCAAAUCUGCCUAUAGACUUGGAGAGACCGUGCUGGCGUCUAUGCGGAUCAAUGAUGGUGAUGCGAGAGUGCUCAAAGUUAGUGCACGCCUCGAGACGUAUGAGCUGGUCGAGACGAGCAUCUCGGUCAAACCUGCAGCGCAAGUGCGGCAAUUCACCAGACGACUGCAUGCGGAACAUCAUGAGAUCACACUCGAUGCCGGUCGAGUCACCGCAGCCUUGUCUAUACCGAGCGGUCAGACGCCUGACUUUGCUACAAGUGGCGUCAAGCUUCAAUGGAGCGUUCGCUUUUCCUUUCUCGUGUUGCCACCAGAAGCUGUAAAGCUACCCGAGACGCCUCUGUCUCGCAUGCCGGUGCACGGUCGCUCGCCAUCUGUCAUGCCCAACGGAUCCGCGAGAAUCGCUCCAGAUCAUGCGAGAAGUCCCUCCUUUACAUUCGGUUCGGAGACGCCUUUGACGCCUCUACCCACCAAGACAGGCACACAUCACCUCAUGCCGGCCAUCGGAGUCUCUACGCCGACCAAUGCUGUCUAUCGCGGCGUGCCCGAUCUCGAUUACUUGCCUGUCUUGUUCAAGUCACGCGAGAUCGACAAGCCUACACUGUCGCGCAAAGUCUCGCUCGAGCCACUGUCUUCACCCACAUUGAGUCGCCCUGGCUCACCCGCACAUAGUCGACGACCAUCUGCAGGUCGCAUACCGCAAGUCGAAGACGAGCGCGUGAAAACUGACCACGCUGUCCUCAUGCCAUCUCGACAUGAAGUCGUCGAAUGCUCGUUGCCCAUCCGCGUUUAUCCUAGCUCGACGAGCUAUCGUCCAGCGGUGUCACACUUCUUCGCAUGA